CAGUUUGGUACAAGCCUAUUUCCUUUCUCAAGAUGGCAGCUUCAGUAGAAGAUGAAUUUGAAGAUGCACCUGAUGUGGAGCCACUGGAGCCGACAUUAAAAAACAUAAUUGAACAGAAAUCCUUGAAAUGGAUUUUCGUUGGGGGGAAAGGUGGUGUUGGGAAAACGACAUGCAGUUGCAGUUUGGCUGUACAGUUGGCAUCGGUGAGAGAGAGUGUGCUCAUCAUUUCCACGGAUCCAGCCCACAACAUCUCUGACGCUUUUGAUCAGAAAUUCUCCAAAGUGCCAACAAAGGUCAAGGGCUAUGACAACCUCUUUGCUAUGGAGAUAGAUCCCAGUCUGGGCGUGGCAGAACUGCCGGAUGAGUUCUUUGAAGAGGACAACAUGCUGAGCAUGGGGAAGAAGAUGAUGCAGGAGGCCAUGAGUGCUUUCCCAGGCAUUGAUGAAGCCAUGAGCUACGCUGAGGUCAUGAGGUUAGUAAAAGGAAUGAACUUCUCAGUGGUGGUGUUCGAUACUGCCCCUACUGGCCACACGCUGCGCCUGCUCAAUUUCCCCACGAUCGUGGAACGGGGGCUCGGCCGCCUGAUGCAAAUCAAGAACCAGAUUAGCCCCUUCAUCUCUCAGAUGUGUAACAUGCUGGGGCUGGGGGACAUGAACGCGGACCAGCUGGCCUCCAAGCUGGAGGAGACGCUGCCGGUCAUCCGCUCGGUCAGCGAGCAGUUCAAGGACCCGGAGCAGACCACCUUCAUCUGCGUGUGCAUUGCUGAGUUCCUGUCGCUGUACGAGACCGAGCGGCUGAUCCAGGAGCUGGCCAAGUGCCGCAUCGACACGCACAACAUCAUCGUCAACCAGCUGGUCUUCCCUGACUCCGACCGGCCCUGCAAGAUGUGCGAGGCCCGCCACAAAAUCCAGUCCAAAUAUCUGGACCAGAUGGAGGAUCUGUAUGAGGAUUUCCACAUCGUCAAAUUGCCCCUGUUGCCCCAUGAGGUACGAGGGGCCGAUAAGGUCAACACCUUCUCCAAGCAACUUCUGGAGCCUUACAAGCCCCCCUCCAAGUGACCCCACCUUCCCCUUCACCCUACCUCAGUCUCCCACCCCCCCCACCCCCCAUGGAACAGCUACGCCUUCGUCAAACAUCCAAACGGCUACACGUUUCACUCAAGUCAAGAACACUGGGAUUUCACUCUACCAAUGGUACAGGGGGACUCUGGCAGGUGCAGAAUAUCAGCCUCUUUUCCUCUUGGGUCCCCUUGUCCUCACAGUCAGUAUUGCAAUAGGGAGAAAAAUGUCAUCAGGGAGAAAGAUGCCAUCUUCAAAGUUCUGUUCAUUUUCUGAAUGAAUCUUUUUGCUCUUAACCUUUUUGCUGUUUGAUGGUUAUAUGCAUCUUGCUUUCGGUUCUCGGACCUAAUUUAUAGUAAUGUAAUUAUUGACAGCAGUUCCACAGAGUAAUAAACAAGGUGUUGAAUUCCA